AACAGCACGUGCUGAAUUACUUGACGCUAGGCUAGCUUUCGAAGACGAGAAUAGAAGAACUUGCAGUUCAUCUUCUACUAGUACCAGUAGGAAAGGGACGCGAAGGAGAAGAUCAGCAGCACACGACCAGGACUUUUCUCACAAAGGUCAAGACGAGAGAACUGGACAUACAUCAGAUUUAGAGCAACAAGAACUACAGGAGCAAUAUCUUUUGGACAACGAGGAACAAGGCGAUCUUGACCCUUUUAUCGCCGUCGCGGAA